AACCCAGUAUUGUAUCCAUUGUCUAAUACUACUGAACGAAUGGAAUACUCUCAAUCUUUGGCAAGCUCCUCAGUAUUAUCCCAGACUAGUAGUAAAGUCAACACCACCUCUGUUGAUAAUGUAGCUGCUGUUGCAAAAAAGCUAGAGGAGCUACAGUGUUACCUACCCCAGUUGUCUGAAAUGAUAGACAGAAGGAAGAACGGUGGUCCAUCCAAUGAACUGAACAAGCUGCAAAAUUUAUACAAAGUAAUACAAACCAAGAAUGCAAGCAUUAGCAUGAGUACAUUGGAAAAAAGUCACAUUGUUUUGAAGAGGAUGUUUUCUGAAGACUCAUCUAAUAAUGACAGUGUUAGAGACAAAGCAUCCGCAAACACUACCUUUGAGGAAAUUGAUCAAAGGUAUCUUCAAGAAGCAAUGGAAGAUGGUCUUGUUGAGUCUUCUGUCACUAAGACUGUUGUACAAGGAGAAGCUCGAGUAGGCAAGAGUUCAGUGAAAUCAUUACUAGUUUCUGAGCCAUACACUGAUAAUACUAGCACUAACCUUAUAGAAUCACCUUGUGUAGCUGUUAGGUGCUAUGGGCACACUGGAAAAUACUGGGAGCGAAUUGAUGAAGAGGAAAUGGGAAUAAAAGUAAUUGCUGCAGUUCAAUCCGAUGCUGUGAAGAAAUUUGAAUGUCAUCCUUCUGAUGAAACUAAAGAAAGUGAACCAGUUGUUAAAAAGAAAUCUAUCAAAACUACAAAGCCAAUUAGCCAACAUACUGAUGGUAAAGCGUCUAAGCCCAAGAGUCAAAAUGAAAGUGUCCAAGAUUCUCAAUCUAGUAUGGAUGUCGUUUCUUCAAGUUCUGCCAUCACUCCUGAUGCCCCAGUUACAAUAGAGUUCAGUAAUGAGAAAAAUGCUGUUGUUAGAGUACGCGAGUUUUACCAAAAGUGUAAGAGGAGUAAAAAAGAAGGCACAAGUCUUCAUAAUCGUCGUUGGCUAUAUUUUAUUGACUCUGGGGGCCAGAUUCAAUUUCAAAAGUUACUCCCAGCAUUCAUGCCUUAUGCUUCAGUUUUACUUCUAGUAGUUAAUUUAUCUAAAGAUCUUAAUGAUCCAUCUUCUACAGCUAUGCAGCUUUCUGAGGGAGAAAUUAGUGUUGGCCAGUAUUCACUCUCAGUUAUUGAAGUUUUGAAGCAGCUUCUCUCUGCAAUAACCUCUAGUGCACAACAGUAUCGUUCACUGAUUGCUGAUGAUAGCACUCUUUCUAAAUGCAUCAAGCCUCCUUCAGAUAAAUUGAAAGUCCUACCUGUUGCCACUCAUCGUGAUGAGUACGAUGAAACAAGGACAGAAUCGGUAGAGGAAAAAAAGAAGCAAUUAAAGCAAGUUUUUAAGCUUCAUAAUUCUUGCGAGAUUAUUGGUCAUGAAGGAAGGAUCUUUCUGCAUGAGAUUGAUGGCCGUGAUGCUCUAAAUGUUGACCAUAAUAGGCAUAAUCCUAAUUUGGAUAAAAUUGUUAAAAUAUUGGAUGAGAGCGCAUAUGAAAUCAAAGUCCCUUUGAAGUGGUAUUGCUUUGGUGUUCUUCUACAUGAUGUUGCUAAGGAAAGUUGCGGGAUACUCUCUUUGUCUUAUUGUCAGGAGCUUGGCCAGCAAUUAAAGGUUGGUUUGUCAUCAGAAGAAUCAUUAAGUGCUAUUAAAUUUCUCAGCUUUCUCAAUAAAUUGCUUUUUUAUCCAGAUUCACCUGCCGGAGAUUUAGUUUUUGUAAAUUUAGAAAGUCUUAUCAACAUUAUUAGAGACCUUGUGGUUUCUAUUUGUAAAGAUCACUCUGCAGUGAAUAAUGAUUUGCUACCUAAUCGUGAGCCAUUAGUAUCUCGUGGAGAACUUUCCACUGAGAUUUUAAUGGAAGCUUCAGAACAGUGUAGAAAAAUUUCUCAGUCCAUCCCAAAGUUUGAGAGCAAAAUUCUUGGUCUUUUUGAGUAUCUUUUGAUUGCGGCACCAAUGCCAAAUGAAGGUUGUUUUCUCAUGCCAGCACUUCUUCCGAUCAAGAAUGUCUCUGACAUCAAUCCUUUCCCUGAUACAACCCCAUUAUUGCUGUAUUUCAAGGCUGCUGUUCCAAUGGGUCUCUUUUGUGCCAUUAUUGUUCAUCUUCUCUCUCACAAAGACUCUUCCUGGAAUGUUGCUGAAGAAGAGUCAAACUUUUCAAACUAUUUCACUUUACGAUGUCCAGACCUUCUUCGAAGUGACAUAGUUCUUGUAGAACAACUUGACUGUAUUACUGUGUAUUGUGAAGCAGCUGAUGAUUAUAUUCCAGCAAGAGAUGCUGUAGAAGAAGCAAUUGAUGUAGCAAUGUCUAAGCACAAACUCAGUACAUGUGAGAAACCGAAAAGAGCAUUUUACUGUCCUUGUGGUAAAGGAAGGCAUGCAGCUGUGGCAUCAUGGCUUAAAACACAAAAUUGUUAUGUUUUUCAUUGCACUAGUAGUAAGAAGUCCCAAAAUCUGGCUGAGGACUGCUCGAGUUGGCUAGACGUAUAUCAGACAAGAAAACGGCAGCAUAAUGAUGAGUUACAAAACUUACCUGAUAUUCCAGAAACAAAUGUUGCAUAUCAAGUCCUUGUGGAUAGUACAACAGAAAUUAAGGACCAUUUUUCUGAUGAUUAUUCUGAUUUUGCAGACAAGUUGCUUGAGAUAAAAGUGAUCACUGAAAGGGAAAGAAGUACUAUAACUGACAGAAAUACUUGCCAAGAUAAGUACAAGCGAAUGGGAGGAGUAAUAGAUUAUGUUAAAAAAGCUGUUCAAAUUAAAGAGUCUGUGUUUAUCCUGUUUUUAAAUAUUUUUCAUGAGAAAGGUACUCAAUCUUCUACAGAGUUUGCUCGGAAACUCAUGCAAAGAUAUAAAGAUAAAACUAAACUCUCUGAUGUUAGUCUAGAGUCAUUGUCAAAAAGAACCAAACAAAGUGAACAUGAAUUUUAGAUGUUUUUCAUAAUAAUAAUGUAACAUCAUAAUUAUUUUACUUUGCUGAACAAUGUCAAUGAGUAAUUGUGUAUUACAAAAAAUUUAAAGAGUUUUUUUACAAGAAUAAUUACAAAUUGAUUUGACACCUUGCAAAA